CAAAACAGAAAGACCAAUAACUGUGCACAUGAAUCCGCCAUGUGCCUAAUAAGUGAAAUGGUGAACCCAGUACCUCUAUCAGUGCUGGCUCCAAGCCUGCUCUGGUUCUGCCUGACGGUGCUAGGUUCAGGCCAAGCUCACAGUCUCUUCACCUGUGAGCCCAUUAUGGUCCAGUGGUGCCAUAGCAUGCCGUACAACAAGACAUUUUUCCCCAACAUGCUUGACCACUAUGACCAGGACAUAGCUGCUGAAGAGAUGAGGCCAUUCAUGCCCCUGGCGAACCUGAAGUGUUCCCCGGAUGUUCUCCUUUUCCUUUGCCAGGCCUUUGUCCCACAGUGCACUGAGCAGAACAGGGUUGUCCGGCCUUGUCGGGGGCUGUGUGAAAGAGUGCUGUCGGACUGCAGUAAAGACAUACGCACCUUUGGAAUCACCUGGCCACAGGAGCUGCAGUGUGACAGGUUGGAACCAUGUGGCUACACUCCAGAUGGUUCUGCUGCUCCACUCGAGAAGGUGCUGACCACGCCUAAAAGUUCUCCAUCAGUUGAGAGGGAUUUGGGUUUCUGGUGUCCCAUGCAACUUAAGACUCCACCUGGCCAAGGAUCAACCUUCCUUGGGGCUCAAGACUGCGCUCCCCCAUGCCUCAACAUGUACUUCAAACCCCAUGAGAUCGAAUACACAAAGACCUUCAUUGGUGUGUGUUCCAUCAUCUGUCUCUGCGCAACGCUGUUCACCUUCCUCACCUUCCUCAUUGACGUCAAACGUUUCCGCUACCCUGAACGUCCAAUCAUCUUCUAUGCCGUCUGUUACAGCUUCGUCUCGCUGAUCUACUUCAUUGGCUUCCUACUCGGUAACGAGGUAGCCUGCCAGGCGGCCUCCCGGUCUGGUGGAGAGGCUACUGUUGUCUUGGGUGCCCGGAGUAAAGGCUGCACAGUGCUCUUCAUGCUCCUUUAUUUCUUCUCCAUGGCUGGCAUGGUGUGGUGGGUUAUCCUCACCAUCACAUGGUUCUUGGCUGCUGGACCAAAGUGGAGCUGUGAGGCCAUUGAGAAAAAAGCCGUGUGGUUCCAUGCUGCUGCCUGGGGACUUCCUGGUGCACUUACUGUCGUACUUCUUGCCCUCAACAAAGUGGAGGGAGACAGCAUCAGCGGUGUGUGUUUUGUGGGACUCUAUGAUCUGGCUGCCUUACGUUGGUUCAUCCUGGCUCCUCUAGGCGUGGGCGUGGUUGUCGGACUCUCACUGUUAUUGGCUGGUAUUGUGUCACUCAACCACGUGAGACAGGUUAUACAGCACGAUGAACGCAACCAAGAGAAGCUGAAGAAAUUCAUGAUCCGCAUUGGGAUCUUCAGUGGCCUGUAUUUGCUGCCACUGCUCACGCUGCUGGGGUGUCACCUUUACGAGCAAAGCCAUCGAGUAACCUGGGAGAACACCUGGAUUAAUGACCGAUGUGAGGAAUAUAGUAUCCCCUGUUUGUACAAGAGAACAGAUUUUGAUCGGCCUGAUCUCUCACUGUUCCUAAUAAAAUACUUGAUGACGCUGAUAGCUGGUUUAUCUGCCGUUUUCUGGGUCAGCAGCAAGAAAACAUGUUCAGAGUGGGCAUUUUUCUUUGACAGAACUCGACAAAAAGACCCCAUCAGUGAGAGUCGCCGAGUGCUCCAGGAAUCGUGCGAGUUCUUCCUCAAGCACAACAGCAACAUUCAGAGCAAGAAAAAGCACUACAAGCCAGGCUCCCACAAGCUCAAAGUUGUCUCCAAGUCGAUGGGCACCAGCACUGGAGCGGCCGCCUCUACUCCAAGUAACCAUGACAACCUGUCUGCUAAUCACUACGCCCAGAGUCAAGCACACAGCUCCUCCGAAGUGUCUAGAAGGGAGCAGCUUGAGCGGGUGGGAUCUAGCCGGGGAUCCCGGGAUCUGAAUGAGAGAUGGAGUAAAGCAGGUGGCAGCUCUAGCAAGAUCAGCAGCCAAUCAGAGGGCAGGAUGACAUCCAAAAAGAGCUUGUCUUCAGCAGGACACAUGCAGCUGGGACAGCAGCCCAUCCAAAGUUCCCACAGUGACAGUUCCAAGAGCUGUACACCCAGGACAGUGCGUGUGGCUCCAGACCAGGCCCCUGGCAGAGACAGUGGUUGUUCCAAUGCCUGA